GAGGCUGCAAGUUUCCUGCGCGCGGGCACCAGGUGGAAGAAUUUCGAUCCCGGCCACCACGGAGGUGCCACUGUCCCCAGAAGCGUUUUCUACUAAGGGCGGAAGCAGAAGCUGUUCAGUCAGCGGUGAGCCUGUUGAACGAACCCAUAUUUGUAUUUCACAGCACUUGGGGUGGAAAUCGGAUGUGAAAAUGAAGCCAGACCGAGAUACCCUAGAUGAGUAUUUUGAAUAUGAUGCGGAGGAGUUCUUGGUCUCUCUGGCCUUGCUAAUAACAGAAGGGCGGACACCUGAAUGCUCUGUGAAAGGUCGAACAGAAAGUUUCCACUGCCCUCCGGCACAGUCCUGUUACCCUGUAACUACCAAACAUGAAUGCAGUGACAAGCUGGCCCAGUGUCGCCAAGCCAAACGAACCAGGUCUGAGGUCACACUGCUAUGGAAGAACAACCUUCCAAUCAUGGUGGAAGUGAUGCUGCUGCCAGACUGCUGCUACAGUGAUGAUGGACUCACCACAGAUGGAGUGGAUCUGAAUGAUCCCGCAAUUAAGCAAGAUGCACUGCUGUUGGAAAGAUGGACCCUAGAGCCAGUGCCUCGACAGAAUGGUGACCGGUUCAUUGAGGAGAAGACGCUCUUGUUGGCCAUCCGCUCAUUUGUGUUUUUCUCUCAGUUAAGUGCUUGGCUGAGUGUUUCUCAUGGUGCUAUUCCACGAAACAUUCUUUACAGAAUCAGUGCUGCUGAUGUGGACCUGCAGUGGAAUUUUUCACAGACUCCUAUCGAACAUGUGUUUCCUGUUCCCAACGUUUCUCACAACGUGGCCUUGAAAGUCAGCGUUCAGUCCUUACCCAGACAAUCGAAUUAUCCAGUUUUGACCUGUAGUAUUCACACAAACAUUGGCCUUUAUGAGAGAAGAAGUCAAGAACGUGAACUUAAAAUGCAUCAGCACCGCGAUUCUAAUGAAGGCGGACAAUGUAGUCCAAACAGUUCUCAGCGUCUGUGUAGCAAACAAACUUGGACGGAAAGUGUGUUACAUGUAAAAAGUGGCCCAACUCCAGAGUAUACUACAGCCAUCAAGAAUGUAAAACUGUGUCCGGGCACUGGCAGCAGGUCUGACUAUGGGACAUCUCAAGCCAAUAUUCUGGGCUACAGUGGCAUAAGCGAUAUAAAGUCACAUGACACAUCAGUGAGAACUUUAAAAUCAUUUUCAGUGAUUGACUCCAGUGUCUGCAGUCGCCAGAAUUCCUGGCCGUCAGUUGGUGAGACUAACCCUUUAAUAGACUCUUUAAUUCAGGAUCGACAAGAAGUUAUUGCAAGAAUUGCUCAGCAUUUGAUCCAUUGUGAUCCAGGCACUUCACAUGUUUCAGGACAUCCAUUCAGUGCUCAAGAGUCUACUUCACUUAAUUCAAAACUUUACCAAAAUGAAAAUAGGAGAAAAUGUAAGGACAUAUUCUCUGUUUCUUUUGGUAGUCCAGAGUUUACUUCCUCAGAAGACAUCAAUGAGGGGAAAAUUAGGGGAAAACCAGAAACUCCUCAGAGUGAAACUUGGAUUUCUAAUGGACUUUAUUCUCGUCAGUCUGCUGGAGAGACUAAUCCUUUGAUAGGCUCGUUGCUCCAGGAGCGGCAAGAUGUCAUUGCAAGAAUCGCUCAGCACUUGGAGCAUAUUGACCCAACAGCAUCGCUUAUCUCCCGGCCAGUAUUCAACGCCCAUGACUCUCCUUCUGCUCCCUCUAAAGUGCUCAGGAGUUCAUAUGUAGAUAAAAAUUUGCUGAAGAAAAAUAAGGAUGAUGUCUCUGCUUCUCAGGGAAGAUUUUCCUUGUUAGGAGACAGCAGUGAUGGGAAAAACUUAAUACCUAGUAAGUCUUUUAGUUCUUCUAAAUGCAUUAGUAAAGAAAAGUCUUUGAAACCUCAAAUAAGAAGUCAGUGUCAGAAUAAUCCUACUGAACUCAUCCAAGGGACACAUGAGGAAACACAGAACAAAGCUACUAGCUUACUAACUUCUUUAAAUAUGCCUCAUUGCAGUGAGGAUGACUUAGACUGGACACGCAGAUUAGAAAAUACACUUUCCAAGUCAAAAUUUAAGGAGCAAGAAAUUAGCAAUGAAACUGAUAAACAGUAUUCAAAUUGCAACAGUAUUGACAAACAGACUUGCACAAAUAAAUACAAGGAAAAAAUAAUAAAAAAUGAGAAUUGUGAUCCAGCAUCUUUUGACAAUCUCCAAUUUGAGAAUUCAAAAAAGUUUGACUCAAAAUCAAAAGUUACUAUGUUAGAAAUGUCUGGCUAUUUGAACAAGUAUGAAAAUAACUGCUCAAAUAAAGACUCAAAAAGACUGAAGACUUGUGAGCAAAAUACUAAACUUAAUAGCAUAGAAAAUUAUCUCAAUAAAGAUAGUGAAGGUUUCAAAUGCAAAAAGUCAGACCAAUUAAAAAAUGAGCAGGAUAAGAAAGAAGAUUCAACUGAUGAAAAAUCUCAAAACUGUUCUCAAAGGAAAAAUAUAAAAGACUGUUUGUCUACAUGUGAACGACUGAAAAAUACAGAAGUGUUGCAGGCUACACUGAAGCACUCAGGCGCCUGGCAAAAGCAUACUUUUCAUUCCUUGGAUGGAACCUCAACCAGAGCCUUUCAUCCUCAGACUGGGCUGCCUCUUCUUUCAAGUCCUGUUCCUCAAAGGAAAACACAAUCAGGUUGCUUUGAUCUGGAUUCUUCAUUGCUGCAUCUGAAAAGCUUAUCAUCUAGAAGUCCUCGACCAUGUUUAAACACUGAGGAUGAUUCAGAUAUUCAUGGAAAACCAUUCUUGAGUUGUAGUGCUCCGCCUAUAACAAGUCUUAGUCUCCUAGGAAAUUUUGAGGAAUCUGUUUUGAAUUAUCGUUUAGAUCCUCUCGGCAUAGUUGAUGGUUUCACGGCCGAGGUAGGAGCAAGUGGCAUUUUCUGCCCCACACAUUUGACUCUUCCAGUUGAAGUGUCAUUCUAUAGUGUUUCAGAUGACAACGCUCCCUCUCCUUAUAUGGGUGUGAUUACUUUAGAGUCCCUUGGUAAAAGGGGUUAUCGAGUACCUCCUUCAGGAACAAUACAAGUGACCUUAUUUAAUCCUAAUAAGACUGUGGUGAAGAUGUUUGUUGUGAUAUAUGACUUACGAGAUAUGCCAGCCAAUCAUCAGACAUUCCUACGACAAAGAACUUUUUCUGUACCUGUUAAACAAGAAAUGAAGAGAAGUGUUAAUAAAGAAAACAUCCGACACACAGAAGAACGGUUAUUACGCUACCUCAUACAUCUGAGGUUCCAGAGUUCUAAGUCUGGAAAGAUGUACCUCCAUAGAGACGUCCGGCUCCUGUUCUCCAGAAAGUCAAUGGAGGUUGAUAGUGGUGCUGCAUAUGAACUCAAAUCUUACACUGAAUCGCCAACAAACCCUCAGUUUUCACCAAGAUGUUGAUAAGGAGUGACAGUUUAAAGUAUUCACUCGCUACCCAAGUUUGAAAGUAAAAAUUAGCAUAGAAUGGAGUGCACCAAAUUAACAAUCAGGAGAGUAGAUCCUCUCCUGCUGUCCUGGACCAGUUUUUAUUAAAGGAUUCCUAAAAUGAGAUCCACAUAUUCCAAGUAGACUGGAAACAUUCAUGUCCUAAUCUUCUUGUACUGUUGAAACCACUUCAUUGGACACGUUGCAAUAGCAAAAUCCCCAGUUAGAUUAGUGUUUACACAUUUUAUUUGUUAUUUAAUAUUUAAUGUUUUCCUUAAUACUCAAGUGAUGUUUGUCUGUACUGUUCUAAUGUAGCACAGAUCCUGUGUAAACUCAUGCUGUGUAUUUUUGACAUUACUGUUGAAAUCUGAAAUGUAUGCUCAAGUCUUUAAUUUUGUGUGGUGUUGUAAGUGCUGUUCAUUUAAGCUGUUGAAACAAGAAUGAAAUGUCGAGCUCCUUCACAAUUAACGCACUAUGCAAGCAUGUGUACUUUUUAUCUCUCUCAAAUUUAGUCUUCAGCUCCCCAUCCAGGCCACUGCCUCACAUGGCAGCCCUUUCACGUGCCAUAUCAGCAGUGCAGGGCACAUUGAGCUGCCUCGCACUCCCGGCAAGCUCACAUCCUCAUGCCCAUCAUCCCACACAGCUCUAUUUUUCCUUAAUCACCACCGUAGAGGCUUUACACUAAAUUGCUGUCCCAUGCUAGAUAAUUUUCUCAAAUUGUUAAAAGAAUAUGUACUUUGAAAGCAAAUUAGUAUUUAUAUUGUAAAUAUAUGCAAAAAAACUAAAA